AUGCGGCUGCUCACCGCCCCCGGGGCCGCCAUGGCCGCAGUUUCCACGGUAACCGCGCUCCCCACACGCCCCCUGCGACCUGGAAGGAGCCGGAAGUCACGGGGUCGAGCCAGCGAUUUGCUAUUAAUUUCCGGGUCACUGUGGAACGAACUUUCACGUGGAGGUGGGGAAGUUUGGUCUGCGGGAAUGAUCACCAAGACCCACAAAGGAGACCUGGGCCUUGGGCUGCCAGAGAAAAAGAAGAAAAAGAAGAAAGUGGUCAAAGAACCAGAGACUCAAUACUCAGUUUUAAACAGUGACAAUUAUUUCAGUGAGGUCUAUCCCACAGGAGCCACAUCCCCCUUGAAAAAUGUGGUCCAAGGGAAGGCACCUGAGAUGUCUCUAGUGAAGAAGAAAAAGAAGGGCCACAGCACCGUCUGUGAGGAGCAGCUAGGAUCUGAGGUCAUGUUACACGCCAGACCAAAGGAGAGGUCGCCUAGCCCCAGGAAGCAGGCGCUCGGCUUAUCUGAGUUCCUCAGUGGGGAGAAGAAAAAGAAGAGUAGGAAGUCCUUGUGGCCUCUGGCCAUGUCCCCUGGCUCGAAGGUGAAGACCUCCCCAGACCACAGACGUGGUGAGGAGGUGACAGGAGUUGGCAAGAAGCUCAAAAAACACAAGAAGAAGAAGACCCAGGAGGCUGCAGCCUUCUCAGCCAGAAACCCUUGGCCGGAGGCUGGGGAUGCUCUGUAUGCAGGGUCUGUGGGGAAGGGCCGGGUGGAGCAGGCAGCCUCAGGGCAGAAACUGAAGCACAGGAGCCCCACGGAGCACAGCAUGAAAAUAAAAAAGAAAAAGAAAACCCAUCAGGAGGGAGACACCCCCCUAGGACACCCAGAGUUCUCCAAGUCUACGGAGAACAACCUUAGGAAAGGAAGUAAAAAGAAGCUAAUCAAAGUUGAGGCUCCAGAAUACAUCCCACUAGGACAUGGCUCCAAGCUCCCUGCAAAGAAGAAAAUGACGUCCAAAAGCGCACAGCAGCCAGGCAUUGAGGAGCCAGCUUUGAAAAGUAAGAAGAAGAGGAAGGAGAGCAGAGUAGCAGAUCCUUGGAAGGAGGAGCCUGACACAGACCUAGAGGUGGUGUUGGAAAAGAAAGGCAACAUGGACGAGGCGCACAUAGACCAGGAAAGGCGAAAGGCCUUGCAAGAAGAGAUUGAUCGUGAGUCAGGCAAGACAGAAGCUUCUGAAAGCAGGAAGUGCACAGGAACUCAGUUUGGCCAGUGGGAUACUGCUGGUUUUGAAAAUGAGGAACAGAAACUGAAAUUUCUUAAACUAAUGGGUGGCUUUAAAAACUUGUCCCCUUCGUUCAGCCGCCCUGCUAACACGGUCAGCAGGCCCAACAUGGCUCUCAGCAAGAAGGCCGCCGACACCCUGCAGCAGAGCCUGCAGCAGGACUACGACCGGGCCAUGAGCUGGAAGUACCGCCGCGGCACCGGCCUCGGCUUCUCCACUGCCCCAGGCAAAAUCUUCUGUAUUGACACAAGUGCUUCCAAGUCCAUCAAAUUUGAAGAUUAAACUCAGUUGUCUUGUCCCUCGAAACAGCCAGAAUUGCUUCUGUUACUCAGUUAUGCAGAUGAACGUCACCUGACAGUGGUCUGUAAUCAAGCUCCUGCAGAUUAAGCACAGUUAUGUUGAUGUGCUGGGACAAACUGCUGUGGGGGCAGCUCAUGUUUCAGGAGCCAAGAGAACAUUUGAAUGACUAAGACCUCCUAUUUUCUGUAUUAAGCAUCCCGUCCCUGUUUGAAGACAUCGGUGUACAUAAAAAAUAAUAGCUAACCUUUCCUUGAGUGCUUAGUAAGUGUUUCCUUGCAUUCAUAUAUUUAAUCUUCAUGAUUAUGAAAUAGGUGCUAUUACUAACCUCAUCUUACUGAUGGGGAAACGGAGGUUCAGGGAUGAGGUUACAAAAAUUGCAUUGGGUCACCCAGCAAAUGCCAAGUAGUGUAUAUUUGUACCACAAGCCCUGUAUCACUGUUCACUACUCUUAAGAGUCCCACUAGGGAAUUCCACUAGGAAUAUUCAGUGGGGGUUAAAGUCUUUUGACUGAAGAAUCAGAAGUGUUAUUAUAUGUCUAAAUCUCAAAUAUGAAGUAGAAUAACUGAUAGGGAGGAGCAAGUUCAUUGUCCUUUCCCUUGGAGUAGCUGCAGGCAAAGAGGCAUCUGAAUUGCCACCAAGCAGGUGUGGCUGAGCUUUCUCUGAUGUGGGGAAAUGUGUUUCUAAACCAGUCUUGCCUUUUCUGGCUGUCUGCCUUCCAUCAGUGCUGAGCUUGGAUUUAGUCUUUUUGUGCUUUAACCCAGUUCUAACAAAGGCAUUUUAGAGAGGUUAGUCCUCCAAAUGAAUCCGUGGCAAAUUCUCAGGUUCGUGUCUUAGAUUCUUUGCUAUCACAAGCAAUCGAAUCCCAGGUGACCUCUGAUGGAGGGCAUGUGGGAUGACACAGGAAGUUGCCUCCUCAGCUUUGGGAUCAGUGAUUCCAAGCCUGGACUCUACAACCAGCCUCCCGAGAGCUCCAGGAGCACAUGACCACUUUAUCUCCACCUCAUUUUGCCUCUCAAAAUACAGGAUCUGAGUGGGACUUUUUUUUAUAUCAGGUGCCUUCCAUAGACAUCCCAGUUCAGGCAGGCCUCACUAGACAGCCAGGAAAGUCAAUCCCUUACAUGGCAUGAAGUCCUGAUGUGUAGAGGUUGAUUUAGCAGCUCACCAAGCAAACUCUGCCCCUCUGCUCCACCAUUCUCAGUGUUGGCUUCAGGCUGGUGGGAGGAAUGCUGCAGCAAUCCCAGGGGGCCUACUGAGACACUAGGACAUUCCAGAGGAAGAAGAAAAUCCUUGUGGCUCAAGGAAACUUUCAGAAGAGACCUUUCAUCAUAAGUCAUUGCUUAACAGUGGGUCAUACACCUAUUCCUGCACCAGUCCCAGGUGUGUCAAAGGAGAGGCUCCUCAGGCCAGUCAGAAAGAGUGUGAAGAACAGAUACUGGCAAGGCAAACGGGGCCCACUGCUGCCCCCCUGGGUGAGGGGGUGAGGCAGGCCUGCCCAGGCCCUGACUGACAAGCCUGGCCACGUCGGGAGUCCUGCAAGUCUGCACUCGCAUGACAGGUGGGCCACUUCCCUCAGAACGUGAGCUUGGCCUUUGAUGAAUUCAGCCUUGAGAUAUGUAAGGAAGAGGCCAUCUAAAUGCUGUAAGGGAAGGUUCUGCAUUUCGAGUUCUGCCUCUGGAGCACUUCCUCCUCUGACAUGGGAGUGACCCCUUCCUGGCCUUGACCACCUCCGCUGGAAUCCACUCUGAACAAGGAACCAUGUGACUGCCCCUCUAAUCGUUCCAUCUUGCUGAGAGCCCAGGCUACAGCUUGGAGCUGCCCCAGCUCUUCAGGAAGGAUUGCGCUCAGCCAUCUCCUCGGUGAAUCUGGAGGGUGGCUGGUUGAUCACCGUCUGUUCCCUGUAGUGGUAGCUCUCAUUAGGGUGUGAUGGGCAGGUCUUUUCCCUUCCUGCCAUUUAGUGAAAGUCUGUAUAAUAGGAUUUGAUUUUUGAACUCAUUGUAUAGCCAUUGGCUGAAGAGUUCCACUUGCUCAGAGAAAGGUUUAUUAAAGUCUGUCAGAGAGGCAAGGUUUACCCAGUGAAAGUUGGGCAGCCAAAACAGCAAGAUGCCUAGUAUCCUCCGAACAGACUUAACAACCUUGUUUCUGUUGUUCUCAGAGGUAUAGACCACCGAUGCUCAACUGAGCAGGCCCCUGUGUGCAGCAGUCUGCAGUCCUGGGAGGAUUUACUCUGAGCUUGUGAUCUUAGCUGGGCUCCUGUGAAUUAAACUAUGUUGUCUUGUGCCAUCCCUGCCCCUUGCCUCUAUGGCCAUCCUCAAGUUGCAAGGUUUUUUGGUAUGAUUUCCCGUGUAGUUUAUUCCUUGAUUACAUGUAGAACACUACCUGUGUCCACAGGUAUAAGGUGGUUUUUAAGUUUUUACUCUGAAUCUGGGCAAGAUGGGUAGGGGAAGUCUGGCAUACAACAUGGCCAGUCUUAGUUGAAUAAGACUUUCUCAAACUUGGCUGUUUUUCCCUUGGGGAUUUUUAAUUGAUUUGCCGUCCUUCAAUGGCAAGGUCUUCCUUCCUAACAGUUGCCCUUAUCCAGCUGUCCCUGACACCAUGAUUUUUAACCACUUUAUUCCUUGGGGUGAUUUCCUGUUGUUCCUCCCUUAGCCCACUAGACCCUGCCAUGAGACCACCUUUGCACAGCUAGACUGGCCCAUCAAAGGUAUUUCCCAAAUACAUAGUUCUUAGUUCUCUCCUAAAAGAAAAUUUGAGUUCGGCUCUGUAAACGUAGGAUUAUUCAGGUUGGCAGAACAGUGGCGCACCCCAAAGAUGUCCACAGCCUAAUCACUGGAACCUGUGAAUAUGUUAGGAUACAAAACAAAGGAAUCUAGGGUAGCAGGUGGAAUUAAGUUUGCUUAUCAGCUGACUUUAAAAUACGAUUAUCCUGGAUUACCUGGCUAGGCCCAAUCUAAUCAUAGGUCCUUAGAUGGAGGCAAAGAGUCUAAGACUUGUAAGAAGACUAGACAAGCUGUCUUUGGUUUUAAAGAUGGAAGAAAGGGCCACACACCAAGGAAUGCAAGUGGCCUCUAAAAACAGGAAGAAAACAACAAAAUUGAUUAUCCUGUAGAGCCUCCAGAAGGAAUGCAGCCCUGCCGACACCUUCCUUUUGAAGGUAAGACCAUUGAGACCAUUUGGACUUCUGAUCAAUAGAACCAUAAGGUGAUAAAAUUGUGUUAAACCACUAAGUUUGUGGUAAUUUGCUGAAGCAGCAAAAGAAAACAAAUGUAGGUUUUAUGCAGUUUUCCUUAUUUUUACCAUUUCAAUUACUAAAAUCGAAUUUUUUUCCUUCAUAAUGACAAUAAACUUCAUCCCACUUAGGCUGUGGUUUUCAGAGAUAGGCUAAUUGAUUUAGUAAUGCGCUGGGGAAAAACCAUGCAAGAAUGUGGAAAAUCUAAGCCUUUUCCUGGGCCAGGCAACAGAUAAUUCAGAAGCUCCUUUGGUGUAAUGUGUACCUUAACAUGAAAGGUCAAGUUCAGGUUAAUGUAUGAGCAUUAAGAAUUCACUGACUCAGGCUUUGUAACUAAUACUGGCCAAUGUGUGUAGCCUCAAAGUAAAAGAAAUGCAUAAUUUGUGAAUGUGCCCAUUGUUUUUCAUUUAAAUAGUAUAGUAAAAAUGGUAUAUGGAAUAAUUCUAAUGGAACUAAGUUUUUAAAAUAAAGGCCACUUGGGACUA